AUGAGUAGCCCGAAGCGGAGGAUAGAGACCGAUGUCAUGAAGCUGAUGAUGAGCGACUACGAGGUCACACUGGUCAACGACAACAUGCAAGAAUUCUUCGUCAUAUUCAAAGGGCCUUCGGAAACACCCUUUGCCGAGGGCAAAUGGAAAGUUCACGUCGAACUGCCAGAUCAGUAUCCCUACAAAUCGCCUUCCAUCGGCUUCGUUAACAAGAUUUUCCAUCCAAACAUUGACGAGGGGUCGGGAUCAGUGUGCCUGGACGUCAUCAAUCAGACAUGGUCACCCAUGUUCGAUAUGAUAAAUAUCUUCGAAGUCUUCUUGCCUCAGCUCCUGCGAUACCCUAAUCCUACCGAUCCAUUGAACGGAGAAGCCGCUGCACUACUGAUGCGAGAACCUCGAAGCUACGAUGCCAGGGUCAAAGGUGAGAUGCACAUUCCGCAGGACAAACAAAAGGAGGAGUAUAUUAACUGCUAUGAAGAGUACAUUGCGCAGUAUGCUACGAAUAUCCACGAUGACCACGACGAGGACGAACAUGAAACGGACGGAGAAUUGAGCGAGGUGGAAGAUUUCAACAGCGAUGGAGAGGAUGAGCCAGCUGGUACCAUGGAGGAUGUUUGA